UUGUUUUUCUUGUUUUUUUGGGCUGCCAAGGUUUUUCCACCAUCAGCUUCAAUCCUGAAUAGAAAAAGGGGGGAAAAAAAGAGAACUGUUGAUUUCAACUGUGAGCAGAUAGGAUAGGAAUGGAAAACAGAGAGAAGCUAAAGGAAGGAGACAGAGUCUGGUGUGAAAUGCAAUAUUAUAUAGAGAAAGCCAGAGAGGAAGAGAGAGACAUAUAUAUAUAGAGAGAGAGAGAGAGAAGGAAAGGAAUUAGUUUAUAGUGUAGAGGGAAGGGAGACAAGAGCGUAUCUGUGAAAAUCCAAAAAAUUCGAUUCAGUUUGCUUUAAAAAGCAAAGCAUAAAAAGUCCAUAUUAAAAAAAAAAAACUAUGACAGUCCCGUAGAAAAGAAAAAAUAUGAAAGCUUCAGAUCAAGAAGACUGAAAACAAAAAGAAAAAAAAAAAAAGAACUCUUUUUCUAUUUCCCAUUCAUUGUAUUAUACCAGCCACCUUCUUCUUCUUCUAUCUCUCUCUCUCUAGAGGUGUUAAAGAUUGUUUCUUUCAACAAACCCAUCUUUCUUUCUCUCUCUUUAUCUGUUUUAAAAGAUAUUUUCUUUGUGUUUCUGGGCUGGUGUGCUUAGCUGUGUGUGUUCUUGGGUCAAUCUGUUGCUUCCAUUAUUUUAUAGAAGAAAAACAGUGAACGUGCUUCUUCUUUGUCUGGAUUCCUCAACUAAACUUCACGCUUUGGGAGGACAUGAUUAGAGUUGCUUAGUAUUAAUUUAUUCUUAAGUUUUCUUUCUUUUUUUAAUUAUUCACAGCCUGAGACAGAAGUAUUUAGACAGAGAGAGAAAGAGAGAGAUGGAAAGGCUGCUUUGGAAUUUGAGCUUUUUUUAUUUCCUCUCCAUCUUUUGAGAGCCAUGCUUGUCUCUAAGAGCUGAGAAUUCCUCCUUUUUUUUGAGUUCUGGGUCUCUCUUUCUCUCUCUACACUAUAGAAGUGGGUUUUUCAGUGAGAAGUGCGAGAGAGAUGUAAGUUUCAUGUUUGCUUGGUUGUGCCUGUACUCAUGCUUUCUGAUUUUGAAUCACGCAAAACAAUGUUGGAAUGAUAAUUUAGUAAGUUUUUAUUAGUACCCUUUUUUCUUUUUAUACCAGAAAAAAAAAAGUAUCUGAAAAAAUAGCCAGUACUUUAGGAAAGUAAGCAUAUAUAUAUAGAUGUGCGUGUGUGUCUCUGCAAGUGUGUGAAAUUCUUGGGGUUUUUCUUUUUUCCUUUUUCUUUCUAGCGUAGGAAUGAGGUGGGUAAAAGGGGAACAAGAGGAAGAAGAAGCAAAAGAAGAAGCUGAGAGAUUUCUGAUUUUGUGCUGAUGGGUCUGAAGAUGCAGAGCCACCAGUCUUUGGCUGUAAGGUUGAAUGAACAAAUGGGAACAAAAAGAGGCUACACAUUGAUUCAGUCCUACAGGGCUUGGCUCCCAAAGUUUCUGAUUUUUUGGGUCUUCCUUAUGGCAAUCUUAAGCAUGUUCAUCUACAAUGGAAUGGAUGCUGAUAACAAGGUAAGAAGGAAAGAAGUGCUGAGCAGCAUGUGUGAUCAAAGGGCCAGGAUGUUGCAAGAUCAGUUCAGCGUUAGCGUUAACCAUGUCCAUGCCCUCGCCAUCCUUGUCUCCACCUUCCACUACUACAAGAACCCAUCUGCAAUUGAUCAGGAAACUUUUGCGGAAUACACUGCCCGUACAGCUUUUGAGAGGCCUCUACUGAGUGGGGUGGCUUAUGCACAAAGAGUGGUUGAUUCAGAGAGGGAAAAUUUUGAGAGGCAACAUGGCUGGACCAUAAAGACAAUGAAGAGAGAGCCCUCCCCUCUGAGAGAUGAAUAUGCACCGGUGAUUUUCUCUCAGGAAACUGUAUCAUACAUUGAGUCACUUGACAUGAUGUCCGGUGAGGAGGAUAGAGAAAACAUUUUGAGGUCUAGGGCUACUGGGAAAGCUGUUCUAACAAGUCCUUUUAGGCUACUAGGUUCACAUCAUCUUGGUGUUGUGUUGACUUUCCCUGUUUACAAAUCCAAACUCCCUUCAAGCCCUACAGUGGAAGAGCGUAUUGAAGCGACUGCUGGUUACCUUGGUGGAGCCUUUGAUGUUGAGUCUCUAGUGGAAAAUUUACUUGGGCAACUUGCUGGGAAUCAGGCAUUUUUGGUCAAUGUAUAUGAUAUCACAAACUCUUCUGAUCCCCUCAUCAUGUAUGGUCACCAAAAUCAAGAUGGUGAUAUGUCUCUUGUACAUGAAAGUAAGCUUGAUUUUGGAGAUCCAUUCAGGAAGCAUCAGAUGAUAUGCAGUUAUCAUCAAAAGGCUCCCACUUCGUGGACAGCGCUCACCACUGCAUUUUUAUUCUUUGUUAUUGGCUUACUUGUGGGCUAUAUCUUAUAUGGAGCAGCUAUUCACAUUGUUAAAGUGGAGGAUGAUUUCCAUGAAAUGCAGGAACUAAAAGGCAGAGCGGAAGCUGCUGAUGUUGCAAAAUCUCAGUUUCUAGCUACUGUUUCUCACGAAAUUAGAACACCCAUGAACGGUAUCCUUGGAAUGCUUGCUCUGCUUUUAGAUACAGAUUUAAGCUCAACUCAGAGGGAUUAUGCUCAAACUGCUCAAGCCUGUGGAAAGGCGCUGAUAGCGUUGAUAAAUGAGGUACUUGACCGGGCAAAGAUAGAAGCAGGCAAGUUAGAGCUAGAAGCAGUUCCAUUUGACCUUCGGUCUAUUUUAGAUGAUGUCCUAUCUUUGUUUUCUGAGAAGUCUAGAAACAAGGGUAUUGAGCUGGCGGUCUUUGUUUCGGAUAAAGUUCCAGAUAUUGUUAUGGGGGAUCCAGGAAGAUUCAGGCAGGUCAUUACAAAUCUCGUGGGCAACUCCGUUAAAUUCACUGAACGGGGACAUAUAUUUGUCAAAGUCCAUCUAGCUGAAUCACCCAAGGCUAUGAUGAAUGGUAAAUCUGAAUCGACUUUGAAUGGAGUUCCAAAUGAAGAUGUGCUGACAUCUGGAGGUUGUCAGUUUAAAACAUUAAGUGGUUGUGAAGCAGCUGAUGACAGGAACUGUUGGGACACCUUCAAGCAUCUAAUCGAUGAUAAAGAAUUCAGAUAUGGUUCUUCAAGUAAUAGGGUGGCCACUAAUGAAGAAUAUGUCACUUUGAUGGUAUGCGUGGAGGAUACAGGAAUUGGGAUCCCCUUACGUGCCCAAGAUCGUGUAUUCAUGCCCUUCAUGCAGGCAGACAGCUCUACCUCUAGAAAUUAUGGAGGCACUGGUAUAGGCUUGAGCAUCAGUAAGUGUCUAGUUGAGCUGAUGGGUGGUCAAAUCAGCUUCAUAAGUCGACCUCAUGUUGGGAGCACAUUUUCCUUCACCGCUGUUUUUGGGAGGUGUAAGAAAAAUGCAUUUGAUGAAAUGAAAAAACCUAAAUCUGAAGAUCUGCCCUCUGGUUUUAGAGGGUUAAAGGCAAUAGUUGUUGAUGGAAAACCGGUGAGAGCUGCUGUGACGAAAUACCAUUUGAAGAGACUUGGUAUCUUAGUUGAAGUUGCAAGCAACAUCAAAACAGUCACUUUAUCUACCAAAAAUGGUUCUGUAACAUCUGGAAAUAUUAUGCACCCAGAUAUCGUUCUAGUUGAGAAGGACCUGUGGAUUUCUAUUGAAGAUGGUGGUUUUUGUGUAAGACAGUUGGACUGGGAACAGAAUGGACAUAUGUUCAAGUUGCCUAAGAUGAUCCUUCUUGCAACCAAUAUUAGCAAUGCUGAAUUUGAUAAGGCAAAGGCUGCAGGUUUUGCAGAUACUGUGAUAAUGAAACCUUUGAGGGCAAGUAUGAUAGCUGCAUGUCUUCAACAAGUGUUGGGGAUAGGAAAAAAGAGACAGCAGGGGAGGGAUAUGCCUAAUGGUUCUAGUUUCCUUCAAAGCCUGCUUUGUGGAAAGAAAAUUUUGGUGGUCGAUGACAACAUGGUUAAUCGAAGAGUUGCAGCAGGUGCUUUGAAGAAGUUUGGAGCUGAUGUAGAUUGUGCUGAGAGCGGUAAAGUUGCACUGAAAAAGCUUCAACUGCCACACUGUUUUGAUGCCUGCUUCAUGGAUAUUCAAAUGCCAGAAAUGGAUGGAUUUGAGGCAACCCGUCGAAUUCGACAGAUGGAGAGCCAGGCAAACCAACAAAUGAAUGGUGGACCCGCUGUUGAGGAAUCAACUUGCAGAAAAGGUGAGUGGCAUGUGCCAAUAUUGGCCAUGACAGCUGAUGUGAUCCACGCCACCUACGACGAGUGCUUGAAAUGUGGGAUGGAUGGUUAUGUAUCAAAACCCUUCGAGGAAGAGAAUCUCUAUCAAGCAGUUGCCAAGUUCUUCAAGUCUUAACCUAUCUUGGACUUGUAACAAAAGGAUAAAACCACUAGGACGAAAGCAGCUUAGACCCCAAAUGUCUACAAACCAACUGGUUAAAAGCUACCAGCAAUUUUGCAUAUCCUGCUGGUGAAUCUGAUUUUCUGCAGAGAAAUGGUUUUCCUAAGAAUCAUGGGAAUUCUUGAUGAACAUUGAUUGGAUACAGGUCUGGACAAUCACAUUCCUAACCUAAGAUUUUAACAUGAUUUAGAACCUCGAGUACAUGUAUACUACAGAACCCUCCAUCCCCACUUGUAUGUAUAUAGAUCCUUAAGGGGAAGGAGCCAAAAGUGUAAAUCAUUAUAUUUUUGUAUGCUUUCCUUAAAAACUUCCUAUGCGAUGUGGGUCACCAUAUCUUGAUUUGUGCAA